GUAUACCGGUGCGAUAUUCCGAGACAUUCGAGUCCACGGUCUCCUGCGUUUCGUUUCACAAGUCACAGUCGCCCGAGAGCGACCACUGGUCCCUCUCCGUCCAGUGGAUGACAAAUAAUACAUCAAAGAGGGACUGAACGAGCUAUUGAAGCCUCAGGAUCAUCGAACCUGUUGGCAAUUCCCACUUGAUAAAAUUUUACGUGACAAGUGUUUACAUUCUCUCAGUGUUUACUUACUCGAAAAUAUAAAAACAACAAUAAGAAGAUAAAUAUGGCGGCUGCUAGUGUAACGUGUCGAGCAUUUAUCGUCGUGAGACUCGAAAUUACUCGACCCUUGAGUGUUGCAUCCCUGACAGCACCCAGGAGAUUCAGAAAUGAGACGUGGUGUCGACGAUGGUGGAAUAUAUCACAACGUAGUUUAUCAACGACAACUAGAAAAUUUGCCCCAGCACUGAGUCCCUUGCUGAAUAGAGAGGCAAGGGAAUUCAAGGAGCCAAGAAGCUCGCAGAAAAUAACGAAGGAGGCUAAAAGUACGAAGGAACUUCCACAGCCUGAUAGCUCCACCCUGACUGUAGUGAACAUGUACCGGGGCGAGAAAAGAAUGAACAAACGUGCAAGAAUUACACAGGUGAGUGUCGACUUCCAUCGGGGAUUUCCGAGGAUUACAGUACCACUUCCAUCGAGAAAAGAAAGAUGUAUUUUUACUCUAAAACCAAUCACCCACACUGUCGGUGAUUUUCUCAAUAUGCUAAAAUCCGAGGAUCGCGGUAUCGAUCGUGCAGUCAUUACGACAAUCGAUGGUACGAGAAUAGGGGGCUGUAAUACCAUUGAAUCCCUUCUGAAUGAUGACUUUAAGCUCAUCGUCAACGACGCAACGUACGACGUUACACCGCCGUUACAGGACAACUAUUCAAUGGAAACCAUUGACAAAUUAUCUGACGUACAAAUAGCGGUGUGUCAACUCUACGAGACCCUCCACUGCCAAGAGUACAACUCAAUCCUAGAGAGGGAAACAGUCGCAGAGUUGGAGCAAGUGAUGCUGGAACUGGAGCCUCUAGAAGCGAAAAAGCUAGAGCUGGAGACAACUGCAGAGAGACGUGCUAAUUUCCACGCUUUCGUUGGUCUAAUGGCGAUGGGUGUACAGGUGGGUAUCCUAGCCCGAUUGACGUGGUGGGAAUAUUCCUGGGAUAUUAUGGAGCCGGUGACCUACUUUGUCACGUACGCAACUGGUAUGGCGUGCUAUGUCUACUUUAUCAUGACUAGACAGGAAUUCAUGCUGCCUGAUGUUAUGAAUCGAAGGUAUCUCAUGGUAUUCCACAAACGUGCCAAGGCCAUCGGUUUAGAUCUCACAAUUUACAAUCAACUGCGAGAGAGAGCCUACGAGCUGGAGACAACCCUCAAGAUAAUACGGGGACCACUCUGGAAUCAUAAACACAGGAUUCAGCAGAAGAUACGGGAGAGGGGAAGAUCAUCGAGCUCUAGUUCAAGCUCGAGCUCGGAAUCGAGGUCACGAUCACGAUCGACUAGUCCAAGUUUACAUUCUAGUGAUAAGAAUGACGAGAAAGUACACAACAAAACUGUUAAAUCUUGAAUUAAAUCGUCAUGAAUGACGAAUGCUCAAUAGAGUAAAUAUAUUAAUAAUACAUCGAAAAUGGAGGUUCUUCUUCGAAAUGUCAUUGACAUUCAGUGUCAGUUAUCUCAUAUCUGCAAGUGAAUAUUACUGUUGAAUGUUUCUUUAUCCAGUCAUCAUUAUUGGGAGAGAGUUAUAAUGGGGCCAUCACAGUUACACGAUUAUUUGUACAGACGUUAAAAUAAAUUGUCACUUGUGUGUUUUUUUUUUAAGGGAAGGGAUACAGACGUGCCAACAGCGCUCGUGGCUUCUAGUCUACUCAUGAUAUUGUCAUUCUACCUCUGUAAUUUCACAAGGUCUCACCAUAAAAAAAUCGUCAAGCCUCCAAAACAUUCUUCCAUCUCCAUUUAUUCAUUGCUAAACUGAGGAAUUAUGUGGGGAUUAAAUUCUAUUUUAUACGCUUAAAAAUUGCUCUCGCUUCCUAGAAAUAGAUUAAAUCUACAACUACCUUUUAAGAGAACAAUAUGGCUGUUUCAACUUAGGAAUUAAAUGAUUAAUUUUUAAUUCAUUUUAACAGAGGGGUACAUUUCCAAGAGGAAAUGGGUCUUUGAAAUUUCAUAGAGAGUUAAUCGUUGAAAGUAGCUCUUGUCACUCUUCAGAAUUGUUUGGAGAAUGAAAAUUCUACUGCUUUAUACCAAAUUUAUCUCACUUCUUAUCCGUCCGCCAUGAAUGCUUGAAAAUAAAUACAAGAACUAGGAACAAAUUGCCACACUUUAAUAUUCUACUAGUCAAA